ACUUCCGUUGCACAAAAUGGCCCGCAGGAACACCCCAUUCUCCCAUUUUCACGAAGUACAGCCUACAGAUGACUGAUUCAACAAGAAAAAUGCUUCGUGGUCCAUUGAGGUUUGUCGUUAUCGGGGUAGCAUUGGCCAUAAUUAUUUAUGUGGUCCACUUUUAUUUACAAUGGUCUUCAGCAAAGGAUAGGAUCUUAGAUGUGAAACAGGAUGGAACAGUAGCAGGAUUCUCAAAAUUUUUAAAAUCUUCAAAAUCAGACAGUAAGUCAAGCCACUUUGAUAUAGAAAGUUUUGACAACAGUAACAGUUUUCAAAGAAAAGGCUUCAGUAAAGAUUUUGGACAAGGAGACGGACAACAUCCUUUUUUGAAAGUUGAAAACAAUGGUAGAAGAAGUGGUUUGUUCGGUCAGGGAAUUUUGCAACAGCAAAAUAAUUAUUUAACAAGCCUAAGCCCUUUAAGAAGUUCAGGCCCUUCUGAAACCAAACAUAUUCACUCUGAUGGGGCCAGUGAAAAUCAAAUCAAAGGACCUCUUCCUAUGGCAGAACAGCCCAGUCAGAGAAAGUCCAACCCUCCUAGGGAAAGGAAUGAAGUAGUUUUAAGUAAAGAACAAAGUAGCAUCAACACAGUGUCGGAUUUACUCCAACCACCAGAGGAAGGAUUAAAAAAUCUUUUUGACAAAAAACUUGUGUUAGUUCAUUUAGAUUUAAAAGGAGCACCACCAAAGUUAACUUACCUUAAGCAGAUAUUUCCACUAUUUAAGCAAUGGGGAGCAAAUGGACUACUUAUAGAGUAUGAAGAUACUUUUCCAUACUCUGGUGUCCUGUCAGAAAUACCAGCAGGUUAUGCAUACACCCCUGAAGACAUAAAGGAAAUACAAAAAUAUGCUGCUGGAAAUGGAUUGGUUGUGAUCCCUUUGAUACAGACUUUUGGUCACAUGGAGUUUGUAUUAAAGCACAAAAAGUUUAUGGAUCUGAGGGAAGUCUCCAACAUGCCCCUAGCAAUAUCUGCUUGCCAUUCCCAGGCAAUGCAGUUGAUCAAACUAAUGUUAUUUCAAGUGUUGACACUUCAUCCCAAUGCCUCCUAUCUACAUAUUGGCUCAGAUGAAGUGUAUCAUUUAGGUAUGGGAGAACAGUGCAGUAUGCAUAUGGUCAAAGAAAAGCUAACCAAAGCAGAUCUGUUUCUCAAACAUGCUGUAGAUGUUGCCACAAGUCUCAAAGAAAUGGCUCCCAAGGUUCAGCCCAUCAUGUGGGAUGAUAUGCUAAGGAAGAUUAAUACAACCACUCUCAAGAAAUACAAAUUGGCUGAAGUAGUGGAACCAAUGGUUUGGAACUAUGUCCCCCAUGUUGAGUCCAGGGUGACACCAGAUAUAUGGUCCAAGUAUGCAGAGGUAUUUAAGAAUGUAUGGAUUGCAAGUUCCUUCAAGGGUGCCACUGGUCCCCAUCAAUAUAUUACUGAUAUUAGCUACCACUUGAGAAACCACUUCAGCUGGAUGCAAGUUGUGAAGAAAUAUGUCCAGACAGGGCUCAAUCUUAAAGGUGUGGCUCUGACUGGAUGGCAACGCUUUGAUCAUUUUGGUGUUCUCUGUGAGCUUCUUCCAUCAGGGCUGCCAUCUUUAGCUGUCUGUCUCACAGCACUCAAGAAUGGUGGGUUUGGAGAAGAGGAACUUCAAACAGUCACUGAAUCACUGGGAUGUAAUGCUACUUUACCACUCUCAUUGCCAGCUAAGUACAACACACCAAUUAACAUAUCUUGCACAUUUCCAGGGAAUAAGAUUUAUACCAUUUUGCAAGAAUAUCAUAAAUCCCGACUUCAAUAUGAUUACAUUGUGAGUAAUCUCGCUGCAGGGUGGCUGUCAGAUUAUAAUGUCAAGCAUGGAUAUGCUAGUCCAUAUCAGGUGGGGAAAAUUCUGAACAUGUUUCAGAAUCUUCUUGCAAAUGUAAGCCAGCAGGCUAAAGUAAUGCAAACUGGGUUGUCAGCAAUGUUUCCUGGCGAGACCAGUUUGGAAUGGUUGGAAGAAUAUGUCAGUCCUAUAAAGAUGAAAGUAAAAGAAGUCUACCAGAAGACAGAAGGCCUCUUGAAGCGGAUGGACUGGUCCAAGAGACCCUUUGUUACUCCAGGAAGCAACCAAUUAGCAACUGCUUUAAUCAAUGAUGGCAUGGAAAUUAAAGGGAAGACAAAUGGAAAUGCACAGCCACGUGUACAAUCCCAUCAACAAGAAUGGCAGCAAGGACAACAACAGCCACUGGGUCAACAACCCAUAGGACAACUCCAAGGAAAGCUGAGCCAGCAGUAUGGACAGCAGCCCCUACAACUGAACCCAAGGCAGCAAGGCCUGCAGUAUGGAGAACAGCAAUCUGUCAGCAAGCAAGGGCAGCAGUUGCAAUAUGGCCAACAGGAAUCACUGUUUAGGCAACAAAGUCAACAUCAAAAUUUAGGGGUGCAAGACCAACAGGGCAGAAGUCAAGUCUCACUGCAGGGAAAUCAGUUUGGACAGCAAGGGCAAGGAGGGGGCCAACAAGGUCUACAAAGAGAGCAGCAACAGUUGGGACAACAAGGACAACAACUGGCACAGCAAGGCCAACAUGAACAAAAGCAAGAGAAAGGCAAAACAACAGAGAUUGUAUCCUCUUCAGUUGGCCUAGCACAGCCAGAGAAACUGCUGAAAAAAACAAAGGAUCAGCAGUUAAUGGAUAAAAUAGCUGAUAAACAGGAACUGAGUGUAGAAGAAACUAUAAAAGCCCAACAAAGAAGCAAAAUGGGUAGUUUUCAGGAGAAUAUGGUUAAAAAAGAUGAAGGCUCUCAUAUUCCAAUGAGAUCACGCCAAAAAAUAAUAGCUAAAUGAAACAUGAAUUUGCUUUUAACUCACCCUUUUCAAUCACUUUUCUAAUUUUGUCACUUAUAAAAAAAGUUCUGUGUCAUUUAAAUAUUGUCUCUAGCUAUUUUUCUGAACAUUAAAAAAAUAUAACAAAACACAUCCAUUUACAUAG